GGAAUCGGUAGCCAAGGUAUUCCCUCUUGUGCGUAGGAAAAUGGGCGGUUUUGGGGAAAGCUCGGUCACGCUGCGUGGGUGUUGAGUGUAUAGUAAAGGGCUGCCACGGCAGUAUUUAGCACAGUCUGCAGUCAGCCGCUCAGUCAACCAACAACCCAACCACAGCUAAAACAGCUAAGAGCUUUUCAGCACCAAAAAACAGCGGACAGCUCCUCAAUAAGCGAACACUAUGGUUCUUAUCUGGACCCAGUUUGGAGUGAAAACCAAAAAUGGCAAGUGCAAGGUCCGCGUUAUGAACAGGAAUGACAGCUCUGGCUCUUCAUCAGGGGAGAACCAGAAGGACCAAGAGGUUCCUGUUCUGUCCAGGCCUAUGGGGAAGGAUUUCUACAAGGUCCUGGGUGUCGAGUCUGACUCCAAUGAAGACGAAAUCAAGAAGGCAUACAGGAAGAUGGCCCUGAAGUUUCACCCCGACAAGAACAGCGCUGCGGACGCCGCGGACAAGUUUAAGGAGAUUGCAGAAGCUUAUGAGAUUCUGACCGACUCCAAGAAAAGGGUCAUCUAUGAUCAGUUUGGAGAAGAAGGUCUCAAGAACGGAGGCGGGGUGUCCAUGGCAGGCAAAGAGAACAACCCCCAUCACUAUAGUUACCACGGCGAUGCCCACGAGACCUUCUCAACAUUCUUCCAGGGCUCCGACCACUUCGACAUCUUCUUCGGGCCCGACGGCGAGGAGGAGCUUUUCAAUCCCUUUAACCGUUUCACCUUCAGCAAAGGUGAUGGUUACCAUGGUAACUACGGCCCCAACGGCGAGAAACUUCGUCGCGGGCGACGGCAGGGCGUGGCGGUGGUGCACGACCUCCUGGUAACCCUAGAAGAGGUGUUCCACGGCUGCUCUAAGCACAUGAAGAUCACGCGGCACCGCCUCAACCCAGACGGCCGCAGCCUUCGCACUGAGGACAAGGUCCUGAACGUGGUGGUGAAAAAGGGAUGGAAGGAGGGUACCAAGAUCACCUUUCCCAGAGAGGGUGACGAGACGGCCAAUAGCAAACCCGCUGACGUGGCCUUCAUCCUCAAGGACAAGAAACACCCCCACUACAAGAGGGACGGGUCCAACAUAGUCUAUACGGCAAAGAUCACCCUCAAAGAAGCUCUAUGUGGAUGCACAGUCAACGUCCCCACCCUCGACAACAGGACGAUGCCACUACCGUGCAGUGACGUCAUCAAGCCCGGCGCCAUUCGGCGGCUGAGGGGCGAGGGGCUGCCCCAUGCCAAGACCCCCACCACACGUGGCGACCUGGUGGUGGAGUUCCAGGUGGCCUUCCCUGACAGGAUCCCUCCCCAGUCCAAAGAGAUCAUCAAACACAGCCUCAUUGGGUGCUAACAUGCUAUCGUGCUAACGACCACAACAGCUAGCCGAUACAAUCACAGCCUUGCUAGGUGCUAUGACAAUCCAGCACAGCUGGAGACAAUGGCAGGAAUGGAAUCUUUAAAAACAUAUAUACCUUUUUGAUUAUAGGCACUAUUCAUCAUCAACAAUGCCACAGGGGAAAAGGUUUACAGUUUAACAGGCCAAUGGACUCCUGAGUGUCUGGGCACGUUUUCUGACUGACUGACUAGCCUUUCUCUUGAAUGGAAAAUGGUAGAGGUACUCUUACUGUGUUGCCUAUAUCAAGAAUGUGGUAUGCCAAUAGAGUCAUUCGACUCAUUAGAGAAGCCUGAGGUAGUUGAUUGUCACGUGGCAAAAUUAUUCUACCAGUUGUAUGGUGUUCAUAUGUCUGCACUUUUACAUUGAUUUAUUACAAUAAAUAAACAAAUAUGUACUUGUGUACAAGACUGUACUAAUGUACAAAUAUAGUUAACUGUCUCUAAAAGAGAUUAAUUUGUCAAAUGUUCAACUGAAUCAUUUGAAACAUUUGUAUAUAUUUGUGCUUUAA